UAUAGUUUCUUUGUACACUUUUUCUUGGACCAUUUUAUUUCUCCGUCUCAGGAGUUAGGACCAUUUCUUGUCCAGGGCCAAAAUCAUGGGUGAUAGGCUGCGCCUGGCAGUUGGGGCCAUGGGCAAUGCAUCUUCUUUGUUGCUUUAUGCAGCACCAAUCUUGACUUUUUCCAGGGUGAUAAGGAAAAGAAGCACUGAGGAGUUCUCUUGCGUUCCUUACAUCGUUGCACUGUCAAAUUGCCUUCUUUAUACUUGGUAUGGAUUGCCUGUUGUGAGCUAUAGGUGGGAAAAUUUCCCUGUGGUUACCAUCAACGGUUUAGGGAUCAUAUUAGAGUUAUCCUUCAUUUUCAUUUAUCUUUGGUUUGCUCAAACAAGAGAAAAGAUUAAGGCAGGUGUUAUAGCGACAACCGUUAUCCUAUUGUUCUCUAUCACUGCAAUAAUCUCAGCUUUUGUAUUCCAUGAUCAUCAUCAUCGCAAAGUUUUUGUUGGAACUGUUGGGCUAGUGGCCUCCGUGGCAAUGUAUGCUAGUCCACUUGUGGUGGUGAAACAAGUGAUCAUGACAAAGAGUGUGGAAUUCAUGCCAUUCUACUUAUCCUUUUUCUCGUUCCUGGCUAGUGUGCUUUGGCUGGCUUAUGGACUAUUGAGUCAUGAUCUCCUUCUUGCGUCCCCAAAUCUGGUUGGUCUUCCCUUAGGCAUCCUGCAACUUGGACUGUACUGCAAAUACAGGAAAAGAGGAAUUAUAGAAGCACCAAGCAAAUGGGAUUUAGAACAGAAUAGCGAAGACAAAUCCAAACAGAUGCAGCUGGUGACGAACGAAAUUACCAAUGAGAAGAGAUGAAGAAUACCGGUUAAGGUAUGAUCAGAAAUCAGAAUAUUCCUUUCCCCUGUCCAGGAUGAUAGCUCUCUAUGGUAUAAAUUUCCGAUAGACCAAAGAUUUUGCUCGCGUUCAAGUAGUUCGAAUAUUGUAUAUCUAUAUACUUAGCAUUCAAUGAAAUGCUUUUAACACAUUUUCUCAUCCGUGACAGGGGACACAAUAAUAUUUAGCCUUCAUAGAAGCAAAGAGGAGCUUUUGCUGUCACAGUUGUUACAUAUCAAUGUCUUUUUGUUUUUUCUAUUUGAGGUUGCGACUGAACUUGAUCAUUUGAGCACUCUAUCAACAGACUACUCGCUGUUUGUUUGACUAUGUAUCAGUGUCAUUGACAUUAAAAAAUAAAAGAAUUAAUUUACUCUGUCUUGCAUAUCCAUUUCUUGCAAAGUGCCAUCCAAUUAUGCAAAAUGCAUCGGUAAGGAGAGGCUCACAUAAUUAAUUACUCCAACCUCUAAACCAAAGCCAUGGCUUAAAAUCGAAAGCGAAAACUGGACUUAACAUCAUAAUUAAAAAUUCUUCUGAUCAGACGUUUCUUCUUCUGCAUUAAGCGCAAAGAAAAUCCAUGUGUAGAUACACCACUGCCAAAUGUAAAACUCUUCAGGAGUUCAUUGCUUUAAAAGUUGAAGCAGUACCCAAAAGGAGAAAAAGAAAAAAGAAAAAUGACACAAUGUUCAGAAUGUUCAGAAUUGAUGCCUGCAUCAAUUUAUCCAAAUUCCCAGCAGGUUGCCGAGCCACCUGAGUUCAUAGUAACCGCUGUUAAUCACCAUUAUUAAUUACAAUCACAAACCACAAGUAACAAACCUUUAUCCAUGUGUUCAUUAGACCACUUGACUUAGGUAUGCAGUGACUGAAAGCAGAAAAGCAGCAUACUUUUAGCUUAUGGAAGAGAGAGCAGCCCCAAAACAACCUUAAAUAGAGUCCUGGUCUAGCUGUUAGAGACAACAAUCAACAGUACUUUUGGUACCAAUCGCAAAAGCAACAGUAAACACCUGUUAUCAUGUUAACCAUUGUCAUCAGACAUUUGAACCAUUUUUUGUUUUCUGUAUAAAGCGUAUUUUGACAAA